AUGGCUCAAAAAGAUAUGUUCCAUCAUUGUAUUGCUUUCAAGGCCGUUUUUACAAACCUCAACGCCAGUGGAAGAAUUGGUCCAACAACGCUGGGCAGUCACUACACAGGACAUGAUCAUGACGGGCAAGUCACACUGUCCAGCGGUGUUCAACAGUGGACUGUGCCGUACACUGGUGACUACACAAUAGAAGCAAUAGCAGCUGCAGGAGGGUACGAUAGACACACUAACAGUAUUCAGUACCGAGGAAGAGGAGCAAGAAUGAUUGGAACGUUCGGCUUAAACAAGGGUGAAGUCAUUCAGAUACUCGUUGGUCAAGAAGGAGGAAUAAACACGCGCUAUUACUCUUCUGGAGGUGGUGGAGGUACAUUUGUGGUGAGAGGAGCUAACACACCUUUGAUAAUAACUGGAGGCGGAGGAGGGGUAAAUAGAGCUCGAUCAAGACAUGAAGGAUGUGACGCCAGCACAAACACAACAGGGAAUCCUGGAUACAAAUCAUGGUCAGGGGGGAGUAAUGGACAUGGUGCACAGACUGCUGAUGAUGGAUAUUCAG